UCGUAUAGAGAUCAGAUCGCUCACAGACGGAAAUCAUCCAGAGAUGCGAUGCUCAAUCCUCGGGUGUGUUCAGUGAUGGAGCUGCUUCCUCUCGUGUGUCUCUGGGUCCUGACAUGGUCUGGAGGAAUAUCUGCUGAUGCAAACGGACCAUUAAUCACUAAGAUCACAGUGAAAGAAGAUGAUCAAGUUGUUCUACCUUGUUCAUUCGGUUCUUUAAGCAUUACAGAUAAACUCUUUGACUGGAAGAAAGAUGGAGACAAGGAGGUGUUUAUGUUUGACAAAGGCCAACAUUACAAUAACGGCCUUCCAGGUCAAGAUGAGACGUUCAGAGGUCGAGUCACUCAUUUUCCAGAUAAACUACAGUCUGGCAAUGCAUCCAUAGUUAUUAAGAAAACAAAGUUAGCUGAUAGUGGAAACUACACCUGUGAUUUUCCACGUGAACAACCAACAAGACGAUCUGAGAUUGAACUUAUUGUCGGUACCUGUCCAACUCCUGUUAUCAUACCUGUUAAAAAUGGAGGGCAUGUAAAGUGUAAAGUUGUAGACACUUCUCCAAAACCAGCAAUGGAGUUGCAGGACAGUACUGGAACCCCAGUUCCUGCUAAAGAAGAAAAAGUCUCUGAAAAUGGAAACUACUACAUUGUCCUGACGGCUAAUUUGACCAAGGAAGACUACUAUCAUUGUGUUGUGAAGCAGAGAGAAAUAUGCCAUCAAGUUAAAUCAGAAGAGAUAUAUGUGCGCCUCCCUGGUACCUGUCCAACUCCUGUUAUCAUACCUGUUAAAAAUGGAGUGCAUGUGAAGUGUAAAGUUGUAGAGACUUCUCCAAAACCAGCAAUGGAGUUGCAGGACAGUACUGGAACCCCAGUUCCUGCUAAAGAAGAGAAAGUCUCUGAAAAUGGAAACUACUACAUUGUCCUGAUGGCUAAUUUGACCAAGGAAGACUACUAUCAUUGUGUUGUGAAGCAGAGAGACAUAUGUCAUCAAGUUCAAUCAGAAGAGAUAUAUGUGCGCCUCCCUGGUUCCAACAGCGGAUGGUAUGUUGUAGUUGGAGUUAUAACUGCAGUCCUAGCUACAGUCGUAGUUGGAGCAGUCAUAAUUUUUUUACUUGUAAAGAGUGGGUGCUUAAAACUGAGUUUUAACAGAGGUUCUCGGACAGAAACAAGCCUCUCCUCUGAGAAAAACAAAGAGCAAAAUGAGACAACACCAUUGGACAUUCAGGAAAAGGAAAGUACCUGAGUUCAGCCUGACAGCCUGCUGUUGACCUGCAAGUCAUCCUCAUUCAACCGAGUCCAUUCACCUCCGUUUGGUGCACAUGUCGUGCACAGCAGCACAUUCAGCUGGAAUAACAUGUUCAUGUGGAAAUAUUUUACUGAGAGUAAAACUUAAUAAUAUAAUAUGCUGAAUAAAACAAACUAUGAUGUACAAAAAAACAACUUGUGCCGCCUACAGUAUUAAAAGAAAUUGUAUAAUCACAGUGGCCGGGUUUCCCAGAUCCAACCUCUCUUAAGGAUUUAAGAGAGGUUCAAAGAAGGUUUGAACUAAGAGAGAACCCUAAGAUAUGGGUGUUUCCCAGAUGACUUCUUAACACCGUCCUUUAGUUUCGCUCUUUCAGACGCUCUUUGGAGCAGCUGUACGGUUCUGAAACCAAAUGAAUCGAUGCCAGGCAAAUCGAUCACCGAUCACUAUCAGCGCAUUUUCACACGCAGCACUGCUGCCUAACGCACUAAUUCACUGCUGCCUGUGCGUUAUAAUAAAAAAUUAAGAUGAUAAAUAUAAUUCAAUGACCCUUUUUCAUCCAAACGGUGCGUUACUCCGUUAUUUCUGGCUACAGUGAGGCUUUUUUUCCCCACACACGGAGACCGGGAGUAAACGGGGUGGGCGUGUGUGUGCGUUCAAAAACAUGAGCCAAGAGAAGGCGAGUUUCGCAAAUCGCAACGUGGAAUUACAGCAAACCCUGGUUUUUCGCAGGGGUUAUGUUCCAAAAAGAACCCGUGAUAAGUGAAAUUCUUUUUACAAUUAUAGAGGGCUUCAGAUUGCAGAGAUCAUCCCCGCCUCGCACGUAUUCCUCCUCUUCUGAAUGAUGCUGCAUCCAUACAGCGCGAGUCGGCAGGUGGGUUUUUUCAAGAGAAGAAAAUAGUUAUGGGUCGUUGUCUUCGCUCUUUUUUCUUCUGGGCAAAAAGAUUCUUUAAUAUAAACCGACACCAUUGAUUAUAUUUGAGACUGUAAUGAACGAUUCAUCAAAGGAUCCCGUUCUUUCAGCUGCUGCUUCCCUGUUAUCACAUAGGUGCGCUCGGGCUCGGCCACGGCGCAGGAGGAUCGGUGUCACGGCUGCCUGACAGCCCGGUCCGACACACGUCCAGGGGAUUGAAGUGCUGACGCACGAAUGCGUUCAUAAAAACAGUUCUGCUUCGCGCAUGGUGGCGCAGUUGAUUUGCAGCGAGAACAUGCUGUAUAGCAGCCAAAUUAUCAAAUAAAUGAUAUUCAUGAUGAUCGUUUUAUUUGUGCGCAUAAAGCAUAUACAGGAACACACUUGUUAUUCCUUAUUUUUCUUUUUUUCCCCCUUUGCUGUCACCAAUAAAUGCUAAACAAUAUAAAUCUGAAGUAUAAAAUAAAUCAAAAUUUGUGCGGGGUGCAUUGUUUUAAUAUCUCAUUGCUUGGUGUGAUAUUGAUUUGCCUGACGCGGCUGGAUCUGUGAGUCUUUGUUCACUAAGAUGGUUGGAAAGACUGGGUCAGCAGCAUCUUUCAUUUCCUUCUUAAUGAAAGAGAUACUUAAGCCAAGAGCAACUCUGGGAAACGCGAUUUUCUUUCACAGGCUCCUUAAGAAGGUUUGAAAGAAGUCUUUCGCUGUUAAGAACUACUUAACUGAUCUGGGAAACCCGGCCAGUGUGUGUGAGUGAGAAACUCAAAUGGAUUUUUGAUCAUAAAGUAUUUGCACUUGCUGACUGUGCAGCUCCCAAUUAAGUGCGUGUGAUAUUGUGUAUUGAUGAUUUUCUGUUUCUGGUGUCUUAUAAUCCUGUAAGGGAUGGGUCUUCGGACAUGACACAAAAAUAAAAUUCAUUCAUUCAUUCAUUCAUUCAUUCAUUCAUUCAUUCACUCACAGUGUUUAGGGAAAUUAGAACCACAAAAUCAGUUUUGGCAGGUGAGAAAUCAGAAUCAACCACCCAAAAAAUAAAUAAAUAAAUUCACAUGCAUCUGUAAAACCCACCAGAUCAGGAGUCUCUCUCAGCAACACGAAACUGAUUGACCUUUGACCCUGUAGUCUGCAUCAUGUUUUACAUCUUUACUGUGUUUUCAGUCAGAACAGAAACUUUGAUUUGUCUCCUUUUAUUUCAGCCAGUUUGAGAGAUGAGAGGGUUUCUUAGAUUGUUGUAGAUCUGAGAUGGUUGAACUCGUAUGAAGCUCAUUCUGCUUUAAUGUAGAAAACAUGAUUCAGUUGCCACGACAACUCUCACAGAAAACCAACACUUCCCUAAACUCUCUGAUUGAUUGUUUCUCCUUAUCAAUGUAAAAAUGAUUAACUAUCUAUCUUAGUAGUUGCAGUUGGAAAUUUGACAAACUUUAAAAUUCAUCAUUUACUCUUUAAAAAAAACUUUGUUCAAAUGCUGUGAUUAUUUCUGUUGUUAUUCUAUUCUCUUUGUUUUGUAUAAAGUUCCCUGUUACAUGGAUGAAUUUUAAGCUUUACUUUUUGUCUAUAUUGAUAUUUUUGUGAGAAGAUGAGACAUCAGAUUUGUGACGUGAUGAAGAUGUUACAACCUUCCUUGGCC